GGCAGUGAUCACAGCAGCACAAUGAUCGGAGGACUGGCUGCUUUGAUUCUAUUGAGUACAUUGUCUGUGAUUCAAACUAUAGGGGUUCCUCACCACAUCUCUCUGACUGUGGUUGAACCCGGUGAUAAUUUGACUCUGACAUGUGAAGUCAUUGGGAAGGAAAUCGGGUUGUUUUACUGGUACAAGCUGAACUUCGGAUAUAUGAUACAAACAAUUGCUUCAGGAUCUUUCACUAAAAUAACACUUCAAGGACAAUUUAAAAACCCAAGAUUUAAUAUCACAAAAGUGGGUGAGCUUCAUUCUCUUAUCAUAAGAAAUAUAAGCAAAGAAGAUGAAGCAACAUACUUCUGUCAAGCAGGAGCAGCAUAUCUAAUGAAAUUCAUUAAUGGCACAAAUUUGGCAGUGAACGACCAUAAAAAUCAGCAGACACAUGUCUAUUUGCAUCAAAGUCCGGAGACAGCAUCAGUUCAGCUGGGAGACUCAAUGACUCUCCAGUGUUCACUUCUCUACACGGACAAAGAGAGCAGAGCCCAGUGUCCAGGUGAACACAGUGUGCACUGGUUCAGAGCUGGAUCAGGAGGAAUUCAUCCAGGCAUCAUUUACACUCACAGCAACAGGAGUGAUGAACAAGAGGAAAGGAGCUGUGUCUACAGUUUGUCCAAAACUAUACAGAACUCCUCUGAUGCUGGGACUUACUACUGUGCUGUGGUCACAUGUGGAGAGAUCCUGUUUGGUGAAGGAACUACAGUGGAGACAAGACAAGAACUGUGCCUAUCUGACAUCGCACUCGGGAUACUGCUGCCCUGCUGUGUCAUUCUGAUUGUUGUUCUAAUUCUCUCCAGAAAGCAAAAGUCUGCUUGUAAACAUUGCAAAGGGGAAGUAGCUGCUUCCAGUUAUGCUGAACAUAACAGAUCAUCUGAGGAUGUGGAUGGUGAAGCUGAUGCAUUGAACUAUGUAGCACUGGAUUUCUCCUCAAGAAAAGGUAAACGAUGGAAGCAUAACAGGGGCUUACCACAGGACAGUAUGUACUCGGGCAUGAGAGACUGUCAGUGAAGUGCUGUCCCCAUGAAGAAGAAACAAAUUAAUAAGUACAGUGUGCGCUCUACUGUACAUUGCCACAUAAAAUUAUUUUGAUGUAGCUCCCUUUUCUGUUUAGGUGAAUGAAAUGAGAUGAGGAAAGAUUUUUGCUGUAAUGUUAUUGCUAAUUGUUUUAUCCAUCAGAUUAGUUUAGGAUAGCCAGAUCACUUGUGUUUUGAUGUGAUGUUGCCUAUUUGAACUGAGAAUAUUUUUUAUUAUUUGUAUUCUUAUUAUUAUUAUUGCUUGUCAUAUUGAUCUUGAGUAAUCACUCAAAAUCUGACGGAAGUCUGAAUAAUGUAAAGAACUUUUGCUGCCAUUAAAGAGAAUAUACCAUGUUCCAUGUUCUCUAUAUUUUGAUAUGAGACACUUGUAUGAAUUACCCAGUGACUGGUUGAUGCUUGAGGAGCUCAGAGCUUUUUCUGUUAGUAAACCAAACAAAACUAUGGUAUGGUGAACAUAUCUGACCUAUUACUUGAUAAAUGCUGUUUAGUAAUCAUGUGAAAUCUGAAAGAUUUUAAAUGAUACCUCAAAAAGUAACACAACAUACCUCAUAUUACCAAACAUUAAACACGCACACACACACACACACACACGCACACGCGCACAGCCUGAAGUUGCCAUAAAGCUGCAAUAAUUCAUUGUUUUGGCCAGUUGGGGACAGAUAUUGCUGUUUGGUGCUGUGCA